UUUUCCAUAAUCUAUCAACCUUUCUUUAUUCACAGAGAGCGUCCUGGUGCCAAAUAAACCACCACACGGCUCAUAUGGAACAAGAAUAAGACCCAACACACAACCGCCACAGACUCCGGGACAAGGCACAGGGAACGUUGAUGUUACUCGUACGAGGGAAAGUACAACUUCCACAACAACGAUCACAACAACAACAACAGUAACCAACACAGGACAGCCAAACCCUACAGAACCGAGCGCUGGGGAGGGUGAAGGUCCUACGAAGGAGAGUACAUCCUCCUCUACGCAGGAUGCCAUAGGAAGCAACCCAGGAGAGGAGGAGCCACCGCUGUUUAACCAGGUCUUCACCACCGACGCGGCCACUGGUCACCACAACCUGACACUGCCCGAAGAUAAGCCCAUGUCCAGCCUUCAUUUCUGGUCCCCCACCAACGGCACCUCCCUCACCGUCACCCUCAUCAGUUCGACACGUAACUUUACCCGCCAUCUCACCACCAUCAUGCCCCGACACUGGCACAGCAUUGAUAUAUACCAGCCUAGGGAGGGCAGCCCGGUACAGCUUCACAUCCGCCCCGACCUCCGCUACAUCAACAUGGAGCACUCGAGGGUAGGCCAAAUACAGGCGAGCAGCGAAGAUCUGGUCCACUGGUUCUUCUGUCCGAACGCUUACAUGUGUGCCCUGCCUGCUGCUGAGGAGCCUGCGGAGGGCACGACCUACGCACCAGGUGAGAGAGAGGGCCUGGUGGCGGCUCUGGUGGUGGUGGUGCUGCUCCUGGUGGCUAGCCUUGUGGCCCUCGCCGCUGUCACCUUCUACCGGAAAGCCGAACUCUUCCACAUAUAUGCAAAGCCGAUCGACUGCCUGCCCAAAGGUCCGCCUCCACUGCCCAAGGCCAAUAUGCAGUCAACCCCCCGUCUCGACACCAGGACCGACACCAAGCAGGCAGAGGCUCAGAACGGCGCCGCGGUGACUGGCCAGGAGGAUAAUGCGAAGAGCAACACAGCGGACAGGGAGGUGGGUCAGGGUUCCGCCGCCAAGUCUCGCCCGUCGUCCCUCACCUACCCUCCUGUGGCCUAUGUACCACUCAAAGUAGAUCAUGAGAGCAUCAACAGUCUGUACGGAUUGAUAUAACGCCAAAAAGAAACACGGUAUAUGCGGAGAUGGUUGAUGUCCAGGCUAGCCACGUCCCUCGUCCCUCCACCUCGCCUACCCUCCUGCGUCCUGUCUGCCACCACACAUAGAUUGGAAAAGAAAAUCAACAGCCACUACAACAUGGGUUUUCAACUGAUAGGUAAUUGCCCCAAAACGGGUAGAAUAGCAACUCCUGAUAGGUAGUGAAGGUUUUGUUGAAUAAAUAUAUUAGCGAAAAGUAUUAUGUGUUAUUUCCAAGUUAAAAGAAGCUUACAUUAUGUUGACGCUCAGUACUCAUUUUAUCAACAAAAUAAUAUAAAUAGGUCUUGAAAACAGUUGCAUGAGGAUUAAUUACUUUUCAUUUCAUUAAUUUUAGAGCAAAUGAAAAGAAAUGUUUUGGUGGACAGUGAGAGCAGAGGGGCUGACACCUGUUUUGUGGGUUAUUACAAUGCCGAAGGGAGGAAUGCGUUAUGCACCACUAAAGGCUGGACGAGUGGACUUGAUUGCUGUACAUAACAAAGGAGCUGCAGCCAUAUACAGCACAACAAGAACAUGAGAGGACGAGCAGCCUCCACGGGGUAAUGAAAAAGCCAGAGUGGAAAGAUACGACUCUGACGUGUACCCAUAAGCAUGUAGUUUUGUACAUAAUAUAUAUUUCUAUAUAUCAGUGCAAUCACCAACUCAUUCAUUAAUCGGUUUGUGAUGUGCUGUAUGUAUUUAUUACUGAAGUUAACGGUAUAACCACUAGUAAGUAGAAUAUAUGUGUAUACAGAUACAGCUAAAUCGCCAUUAUUACUCACAUCUGUGGACAUACUUCAUUCAUUAACUUCCACUGGCGUCCAUCAUUGAUCAUGCUUGUAUUCGUAAGGUAAAUAAACGCUAUUUGUA